CUCAUUCCAAUCAUCUCUUCUCCAUAUAUUCAUCAUAAUUCAUCAUUCUUGCUGUUGCUCUUCAACUCUUAGCCAAAUUUUCUGCAAUCUUUCUCUACUCCCUCUCUACUUUGUUGAAAUGGCAGGAGGUCAAAGAAAAAGAUCCCGCACCGGCAAGAACGUGGCUUCUUCCUCGGCUCCUCCACCACUGGCGCACAAGUACCUCGACGGGUUGUUCCUUUGGUUCAACGACCACGCAGAAGCGACGCGGUUCUCGGAGAAAUUUGAGCACCGGGAGAUUCUCCCUCCCCGAUUCUCCACCGCCCGCUUCAUUCAUGACUCCAUUCCACGUGAGGCACGGGUUAUCCUCGAACGUGGAAACUUCCUCGAUCUCCUCUACAUCAAGAAGGUCAAUUAUCACCCCUUUCUUGUUCGAGCUUUCUACUCGAACUUGAAAAAGGAUGAGGACGGAGCGUUGAUCUCUAACGUCAAUGGGGUGAACAUCUAUUUGAAUGAGGAGAACAUUCAAAUCCUCACCGGGCUUCGUCGGGAUGGACAGGAUCUCGGGCUCUACGUUGGAGAAGAAGGAGCACGGUUCAAUGAGACUGCCCUCUUGGAGGAAGUGGGCAUCCGACACUUCGUCCCCACUCCCCAACAGCGGCGCCCUACGAUUGCUUCCAUGAGUCCCGUGUUUCGAUUCAUUUUUUAUGUUUUGACACAGAUUCUCAAGCCUAGGAAGUUCAAUCACACCACUCUCUCCCAAGAGGACACAAAGACACUUCAUGCGAUGAUUCACAACGCCAAUCUCAAUUGGUGUAAAUUUGUGAUGACUCACAUGUUCACGGCCACCUCCGACAAUCGGCCGCUCCCCUACGCCCUCCUUGUCAUGACGAUUCUUGAAGAGUAUAACAUCAAAACCGAUGUUGGGCCAAAGAUAAAGGGGACAAAGCAUUGGGAGAUUGAUGAAUCCUCUUUCCACUCGGGCACCGACGAGACUCCGUUUCGAUAGCCUCAUCCACGCCGCAACCCGAGAGCCACUGCCUCAACCGCCACCACUUCGACCAAUCCUUCUCUCGCCGAGCAAAUGGCAGCCUUAACUGCCACUCUCUCUCGGAUUGACACCAACGUCUCCAAAACGGCACACAACGUCAAUACCUUGAGCCGUG